AUGAAGAGGGACAAGUUUUACCCGGAAUUGUCAUCCAACAAGAAGGAACUGCUGCCAGCAUCAUUAGAGUCUUCUGUCAUUAAUACAUACAUUUACAAUGAAGAGAUAAAAGUAACUAAUUUUUCUUUUGAACCUGAAGACGUUGUAGAACCUAAGGACGUUGCUUUCGGUAUCGCCAUCGAAUCCAGUGGGAAGAAGUCGAGGCGGCAACGACGACGCAUACCGACGGUGGCUAGGGCUGAGCUGUGGGGAGACGAUGAUGCAGAUGGCAACGGCGAUCAAGCCAGCAUUAAUCGUCAACUACAUUAUAACCCCAAUGAAACAAUAUAUUUCUUGGAGAAGGACAUCAAACAAGGCACAAAGAUGAACUUGGACCUCUCUAAAGAAGCAAAUGGAGUAACAUUCUUACCUCGAACAGUUGCUCAGUCGAUGCCCUUUUCAUCGAAUGAGUUUCCUAAAAUUCUGAACCGGUUUUCUGUGAAACCCAAUUCAGCAGAAGCCAAGAUUAUGAAAAAAACAAUCGAAGUUUGA